CAAUAACCGAUACGUGAAAUAAUUAUUCCUAUUAUAAGCUAUCUCCUAUAGUAAACUAAGCACAUAUUAUGAGUUUCACCAACUCUUCUUCACCGAUACUCCUCUUCCUCUCCUAUCAAAAUGUAUAGUAAUUUCACCAUUAAAGCUCAAAUGUUAUUACUCUUUUUUGUUCUUGCUCUAGUUCUUCACAGUAUUGAAGGGUUGGUGAAGGUAGAAGAAAUAGGAAAAAGUGGGUGUGAUUUAUUUAAAGGGAGAUGGGUUAAUGAUGAUUCAAAUCCUCUUUAUCAUACCUCUCAAUGUCCAUUCAUAGAAAAAGAAUUUGAUUGUCUUAAAAAUGGAAGGCCAGAUCAAGAUUUUCUUCAUUACACAUGGCAACCUACUGCCUGCAACUUUCCCAGGUUUGAUGGUGGAGAAAUGUUAUCAAAAUUAGAAGGAAAAAGCAUAAUGUUCGUAGGAGAUUCAUUGAGUUUGAACCAAUGGCAAUCUCUUACGUGUAUGCUUCAUGUAGCUCUCCCUAAUGCCAAAUUUUCCAAUAUCAGAACUGGUGGUCUCUCCACUUUCACCUUCCCUGAGUAUAAAGCAAAAAUAAUGUUCUCACGCAAUGCAUUUCUAGUGGACAUUGUUAAUACAAGCUCUGGUGCAGUUCUUAAACUUAAUUCCAUUGAAGCUGGAGAAUUAUGGAAAGGAAUCGAUGUAUUGAUCUUCGAUACAUGGCAUUGGUGGCUUCAUACCGGCAGAAAACAACCAUGGAAAUUUAUUGAGGAUGGAGGGAAUAUAUAUGAAGACAUGGAUAGAUUAGUAGCAUAUGAGAAAGCAAUGAAAACAUGGGCUAAUUGGGUCGACCAAAAUGUAGAUCCCAGCAAAACUUUGGUCUUCUUUCAAGGUGUUUCACCAGAUCAUAACAAUGGAAGUGAAUGGGGAGAGCCAAAGGCAAAAAACUGUGAAGGGCAAAAGCAACCAGUGAUUGGUUCUAAUUAUCCAGCUGUCCAUCCAGCAGAGCUAGUUGUGGAGAAAGUGUUAAAUGACAUGUCAAGCCACGUGUAUUUGCUUAAUGUCACAGCGCUGUCACAGUUAAGGAAAGACGGUCAUCCAUCUGUUUACGGGCAUGGUGGUCAUAAUGACAUGGAUUGCAGCCAUUGGUGUCUACCUGGUGUUCCUGAUACUUGGAAUCAACUCCUCUAUGCAAUACUUUUACAAAAAAUUAGCAAUUAAAUCUAUUUUUCAUUUACCAAAUUAUUAAUAUUAUUUACAUUUCACAAGUAAAAUAGAAAUAAGAAAAUGGGUAAUUAUAUUUUCAAA